AACACUCUUCGGGGCCCUAUCCAAGUUGUUGCCUUCUGAUUCAGAUUCAGCAAAGUAAUUGCUCUCGCUGUGCAGUCACUCCACGGAGUUUGGAGGCUGCAGAGCCAUUUGGGACUCAAUGCUGAUAUUUGUGCUCAACUUUGCUCGCGCGCAGUGUGACGUGAGCAGCCAGCCAGGCUGUUGCAGUCACAGCAUCCCUUUGUGCAGAGCUCUGGGAUGGGAUGCUUGCUUUUCUCUGCUCCUGCAGCAAUCCAUCUGGCGUACUUCUCAGGAUUUCUGCAGCAAACGAUUGAAACCCAGCUGGUUCUUUUUAAGUAAUUUUACUACACCUUUCUCAGCGAUGUUUAUGGGGUUUUUUUGUUUUUUGCUCAUUUAUAAAUGCAUGUAAAACUUGAAGGAAGAAUUGAAAUUGCUGUGCUGGAAAUUCACCCCGUCCUGUUACGGGAAUCCCCGGCAUUCUACACGUAUUACCACAAACCUCACUCCAUGCCGCCUCGACACUUUCCCUGCGCAUCGUUUGCAUUCAGAACGUCCCUCCCUGCCUCUCACCGCACGCCGAGCCCGUCCCGCUAACAAGGGCCGGCCCCCAGCUCGUACUUUUCCACUUUGACCCCGAAACGCGGAUUUUCGGGACGUCACGGAAAGCCCCGCCUCGCAAAGGGGCGGUGACGUCACGCCCAGCUGUGCUCAGAGCCCCGUGACGUCACGCUGCGAGCUCAGAGCGGGGCGGGGGCCGAGGGGCCGCAGGUGGGCACGGCGCGGGGCUCUCGCUGUAGCGUUGCGGCGGGCGGAGGCGGCGGCCCGGCCCAGCCCGGCCCCGGGGCGGACUCAGUACCGGGCGGGGCGGACGCGGCGCUGUAGGCGUGCGGGAGCGGCGCGGCUCGGAACGAGAGCGGCGGUCACCUCGCGGCUCUCCUCUCGCGGCGGCGACGAUGCAGGCGGAGUCGGGGAUCGUGCCGGACUUCGAGGUGGGAGAGGAGUUCCACGAGGAGCCCAAGACGUACUACGAGCUGAAGAGUCAGCCGCUCAAGAGCAGCAAUUCCGAGCAUCCUGGCGCUUCCAAGCCUCCCUUAAGCUCCUCCAGCAUGACCUCACGAAUCCUGCUACGGCAGCAGCUCAUGCGUGAGCAGAUGCAGGAGCAGGAGCGUCGGGAGCAGCAGCAGAAGCAGCAAGCAGCCCAGUUCAUGCAACAGAGAGUUCCUGUCAGCCAGACACCUGCCAUCAACGUCAGCGUGCCCGCCAGCCUGCCCCCUGCCACGCAGGUACCCAUGGAGGUCCUCAAGGUGCAGACUCACCUUGAGAAUCCAACCAAGUACCAUAUUCAGCAAGCCCAGCGGCAGCAGGUAAAGCAGUACCUCUCUACCACUCUAGCAAAUAAACAUGCCAACCAAGCCCUGAGCUUGCCAUGUCCAAACCAGCCUGGUGAUCAUGUCAUGCCGCCUGGAACUGGAAGCAGCGCACCCAACAGUCCAAUGGCUAUGCUCACCCUCAACUCCAACUGUGAAAAAGAGGGAUUUUAUAAAUUUGAAGAGCAAAGCAGGGUCGAGAGUGAGUGCCCGGCUCUGAAUACCCACUCACGAGCAUCAUGCAUGCAGAUGGAUGAUGUGAUCGAUGACAUAAUUAGUCUGGAAUCAAGUUACAAUGAAGAAAUCCUUGGCUUGAUGGAUCCAGCCUUGCAAAUGGCAAAUACGUUACCAGUGUCUGGGAAUUUGAUUGACCUUUAUGGCAACCAAAGCAUGCCUCCUCCAGGACUUAACAUCAGCAACUCCUGUCCGGCUAAUCUUCCUAAUAUAAAAAGGGAGCUCACAGAGUCAGAAGCGAGAGCACUGGCUAAGGAGAGGCAAAAGAAAGACAAUCACAACUUGAUUGAACGAAGAAGAAGAUUUAAUAUUAAUGAUCGUAUAAAAGAAUUGGGCACCUUGAUACCCAAGUCAAAUGACCCGGAUAUGCGAUGGAAUAAGGGAACUAUUCUAAAAGCAUCAGUGGACUACAUCCGUAAGCUGCAAAGAGAACAGCAACGCACAAAGGAACUUGAGAACAGACAGAAGAAAUUGGAACAUGCCAACAGGCACCUGCUGCUCAGAAUACAGGAACUUGAGAUGCAAGCUCGGGCACAUGGACUGUCCCUUGUUCCAUCCACAGGCCUUUGCUCCCCUGAUAUGGUCAACAGGGUCAUCAAACAAGAACCUGUGCUGGACAACUGCAACCAAGACCUCAUGCCGCACCACACAGACCUGUCUUGCACUACCACCCUUGAUCUCACUGAUGGUACCAUCACCUUCAGUGACAACCUCGGAAACGUGACUGAACCAACUGGCACUUACAGUGUUCCUGCUAAAAUGGGAUCCAAACUGGAAGAUAUCUUGAUGGACGAUACCCUCUCCCCCGUAGGAGUAACUGACCCUCUGCUUUCCUCUGUGUCUCCUGGUGCAUCAAAAACGAGUAGCAGGCGGAGCAGUGUGAGCAUGGAGGACACUGAUCAUGCUUGUUAGCAAAUACUUGGCACACCUUUCAUAAACUGCUUUGGUUCUUGAUCAGUAGAUUAAAUAUUUUGCCUUUUGUAGAAUUUUUUUUGAUUUUUUUUUCUUGUGCUUCAUCAGUAGCCCAGUGUGUGCG